UGUUGAUGCGGCUGCGCCGCCUGCGGAGAAAAACUCUGACAGUGAUGAAGAUCUCUUCAAUCAUGGCUCGCAUUGAAAAGACGUACUAGCGAUCAAGUUCUUCAAGCCCGGCUCGCUUUGAAAAGAUAGUAAUGAUCUUCCCGCCACUCAUCGUAACCGUUUUGAUUAAACUCCAAGGAGCAAGUAGGAAAGCAGAUAGAUGUAGGUUUAGGUUAUAAGAAAACAAAAGAACUACCGACACCAAAUGUAUGUGUAUUCCCCUUUCCUUUUGGUUUUGACUGGCGCUUCUUCUACAGGAGUACACAAAAUGCGAACCCGUAUGCGAUAAGAAACGACAGCGACAUAGACACCGGAACGACUAAUAGAUUGUGAUUGAUACGAAGACAUCAAACGACGACCAUUUUUGUGCGAAGAACUAACGGACAAGUAGGACGAAUUCAUUGUUUGCUUCUACACGGGCCGCCCGACCUGCGCGUACGUAGUUCUUUUGGUGGAGGGUGCGCAGAGAUCCUGCAGUCGGGUGCUGGUACUACUACAAACCCAAACUACCCACGACUGGCAUUGAGGACUUGCAGCUCUUUCUUGUCCCUGAGAAACAAGUUCACCGAAAAGCAGCAAGUAAGUACAGGUUGCUCAACCUCGUGUCCUCACCAUCAACAUGUCUUUUUUAUGAAGAUGAAUAUAGAAAUUUUUAGAUUUAUCAUGGUGUUGGUCAUGAAUGAUGGGCGAAGUGCAGCCAGCGCCAUGAUCUUCAGAAAUUAAUAGACCAUCACCUCCUCCCCGGUGAAGAUGCUGGCUUUAGGAAUAAAAAACUCUUAACAUCAUCAGUUUGUUUACCAGGGAAUUCAAACGCUCGUUGCUUUUCAAACAACUCAGGCACGACGCACCGUCUCCGGGGACGAGCACCAACGGAACAUCUAAAAAGACGUACUUCGUUCUAUCGCUGGGUAGUACUAUUAAUUCUACCAAGUACAGCUGAGGCCGUCGAGGACAGCAAAAAUGGAGGAGGACUUUAUCAAAUUUGGGGCGGACGAGUGGGGCUGCGAGCCCGACAUCAGUCUGGAGCAAGAUAUUUUUCCGGAAUCGCUGGUCCGGGAACUGAUCAUGAUCGCUAAGGUCACUGGCGUUCCCGGAUACCGGGAUAAUGUUUUAAGUACGACCUUUCCGUCUGCCCCGCGCUGGGCGCUGCCGGCGUUGAUUCGGGCCCGCCGGAUCUGCCGCGAGCAGGUCGAAAAGCACUACCCGAUCAUGCCGAUUGGGGGCCAGCCAAAGAAAGAAAAGAAGAACACGGGGUAAAUAAGUUUAAGUAGUAGAGCGCUGCAGAUUUUUUUUAUCUUGCCCUUCUUCGCAAUAGGAAAUAAGAUAAGUAGCAUGCCCAACAGUCGACAGGAACGCUGAAAUCAAAAUCUUCUAGCGGAAAUUUUGAUGAAGCAAACGCAAAGGAAGUGAAGUUAUGGAGCACGUCCUUUUUUCCUCUUUGACUGAUACAUUUUUUACCUAUGAAUGUACCCACAGGCCCGUGAAUCCGCUAGCUCGCGGCCGUGCGCAGCAGACCUACAAGAAUAUUGCCAUGCACCUUAUGAACAAGCAGAUACGAAAACCGAAACCAUAGAUGAAAAGUUCAGCUCCACUCACGACGGCAGAUUGGCUCAGAAUCAGCUGCGUUGAUCCCCUGAUUAUUUAAAGCACUCAUGUGAAAAUGAAUUGCUUUAGUUUUAUGAAAAAUUGAUGUGCUAUGCGAAGGAAAACAUAUCGACGCAUGGACAAGAGCAUGUAAGUUCCCGAAGCAGUUUGUAGUACCAUGCUACAGGGGUAUUGCUAUGCUUAGCACGACGAGGGACACACAAUAUCAGGAUAAUCCAACGAGAGGCACUUUUUCUACUAGUACAUGGAAAUUAAUAAUCACAGGGGCUCGUGGGGUGGAGGAAGAACUUUAGUGCGUUGAUUUUGGUUUUCAUACACCGAACAGGAAAAAGCUGCGAUGAGCGCUGCAGCUGCUCUUGCGUCCGCGCCGAUUAAGAGAGUACCUGUUGCCGGCAAAAUCGCGAUACCAGAGGCGCCCGCGUUGGCAGAACCCGAUGCCAGUGGUGAAGACGGUAGUUCCUCCGCUGAGGCGUUCAGCCACGAAGGACUGAUCGCAAACUGUGGGAAAAAAUCAGGUUCUUCUUGCCAAACAAAUGAAGCUUUCAGCCGCGAGGCCAUGCUGAACAACGCAAACACUGAUAAUGCAGCAGGGUAUCAACCGCAGCAUUGCAACGUUUGCCCCCAACAUGAACAGGAGCGCAGCAUCUUCGAGAUUUAGUCUCUAUGUUUUUCAGUACAUGCCUCCUAUAGUGUCUGUUACACUCUGAUGUCCCGAAAUUCUAAUUUGCAUUGUGCAGUCACACUCUCAGUCUUUGCCUUUGGCUUUGCAAGAAACGGAGGUGUUGAGACGCACUGGACUUCUGCUCGUGCUGUGAAUUUGAUUUACUGCACCGUGGCAAAAAAGACGAGCCCAGUUUUCCUCGUGAGGGUGAGCAAGAAAAUAAUACUGGGCGAUCGAGAACAUGAACAAAAAGAAAAAGCGCACCACCCAGAUACAUUGCCAUUGGUAUAAAUCUUGAUCGCACCACCGGCACCCACACGACGUCGAACUGAGUGCGCUCCUGCUCGGGGGCUCCUGCAAUUUUGUGAAUUGAUACAUGCUCCUCCGCUCCUGCAACGGAAAACUCCAAUCAGGCACAGAACGACGCAGCGGACCACCAGCACCAAGCGAAUGGGCAUGCAAUGGUUGAGAAGAAAGACGAAGCGGUACUGGCUUCUUCCGGGGCGGCCAACGAACAGCCUCAGACAAUGCAGCAGACCGAACAAAUCUCAGGGAUGAAAACGGAGGAAAGCAACAAGAGGCUCAGCGCCGGCGGCUUAGCUUCUAUGGAUGCCCGACCGACGCAGCAGGGGCUGGGAAUUCCCGGCGCAGCGCCGCAACUGGGAGCUGUGGGUGGUGGAAUCGGUACACCAACCGGAGGUGCUCUUUUCCCGGCUGCGAACAAAGGCGCGAUGAUGCAAGCAGGACUCGGAAUUCCGGGUUCGAACAUAAAGGGUAUGCAGCAGGGCCUCGGAAUUCCCGGCGUCGGAAUGCCCGGCAUGCAGCAAGGGCUCGGCAUUCCUGGCGUUGGAAUGCCCGGCAUGCAGCAAGGACUCGGGAUCCCCGGGAUGGCAGCUGCCGGUAAGAUGAACAUGAAUAUGAUGCAGCAGCAGUUCGGGGCGGGUACGAUGCCGAUGCGUGGCAUGGGCAUGGCAACUGGUAAUAUGCAGCCAGGGAUGAUGGGUGGAAUGGGAAUGGCGGCCGGUACUUCUACGAUGAAUAUGAAUAAAGGAAACAGCAUGAUGAUGAACAACAUGAACAUGCAGCAAAUGCAGAUGUUCGGCGCUCCUGCUCCCGCUGCGGGGGGAGCACAGACGAUGAAGGGGAAGAACCAGAAAAUGAUGAUGCAGAUGCGGCGAACCCCCGCCGGCCAAGCGGCCGCGAUGCAGCAGCUGCAGCAGGUAGUACCAGUGCAGCGACCUGCAGACCCACUCGCCCCCCUGCGGCCCCCGGGCCUCGGAGAGGCUCCCAGCCGCGCGCCGCGGCCCGGAAUGAUCAGCGACAUCUACUUCGUGGAGUGCACCGCUCUGCUAACCUGGAUGAAAUCCGCCCGGAUCGACGAACAUGUGGACAUAUCCAUUGCAGCAAAUAUGUCUGGGUCUCCUGGAAAGAAAAAUGCAACGUAUGCCAUAUGACACAUUUCACAUGUUGACCUGUGAUGAUAAUGUCUGUGGUGCACUUCUUUUCCCAGGCAUCACAGAGACAGAAUGUCUUUUGUGAGGGCAGCUUCAUCCUGAUGCCUAUACCACAUGAGAGAUGUUGCAGCCCUCUCGCCGUAGCAAAAACUGGAUGUAUUUUUCUUUUUAUAUAUGAAAUAUAAAUAGAAAUUAUACAAAAUGCAAUCUUCCAGACCCCAUCCCAGACAUAUUUGCACUUGAUAGGACAACGGACCCUCGGACCACCUGCGGAAGCGUUUCGUGAGUUGUGUGGUUUGGCUGAACGACCAGGAACCGACUGAAGAAGAAAAAGCCGAGAAGGCCCGCAAGGAGAAGGAGCGGGCAGAACGGGAGAAGGAACUCCGGGACCGAGACCGAGACCGCCGACGUCGCCGUGGUUCCCGCGGCCGCCGGUCCCCUCCGCCAAGGGAAAAGGACCGUAAGGUUGGGGGUUCGAAGGACGCUCGCAAAGCUAAGGACGAAGGGGACAAGGAAGGGAACAACGAGAAGAAUGAUAAAGAAACGGAGAAAACCAAGAAACAAGAGGACGGGGAGGACAGCAAGGGGAAAGAUGAACAAGGGGACAUCGAUAUGAAGGCGGACGCCAACGUCGAGAGCGACGGGUCGACAAAGAAACAGAAAGUCAAUUUCCAGAAGGCCACGUUCCAGGGUGGCGACUUUAUGAUCGAAAACAGCCGGGCGCCCCGCGACGCGGACCCGGCCUCGAAAUGGCACCGCAUCCGCCCCAAAAAAAACCUGGGCGGCUUUUUCCGGGCAACGAAGAAGCACAAAGUGGCUGAGGUGACCAAGGGCCCCCGGAUGUCCUUUCUCGUAUGGUUCACGCGCGAUAUUGGAUGCAGCGAAGACUACAAGCUCGCGAACUCGCACAAACACACCAACAUAUUUGACAACGAUGCGGUGGACGACAGCGAGGACGAAUCUGUCAAGGUACUUUUUUCCUACUUGUUGCACAUGAAUCUAUUUCGAAUCGCGCACUGCUUGGAGAUAUCAUAUAUGAUCUGGUGCAACAGGCAAUAGGAGGGGAUACUAGGGAAAAUCCGAACUACAAGCACAUCAAGCAACAUAGGUCAUUUGCGUCCUUAUUCUGAUUUUUUAGGCCGUUUGUUCUAGCACAAGUCAAUCGUCUAGCUUUAGGCGGGCGAUCAUGGGCGUGCGAAGAUGAUAAAUCAUAUCAGCCAAUGGGGGCUGGUGGUGCUAUGAAGAGAAGUACAGCUACAGUUUUGCACUCCGUCGGGGACGAUGUUCGAUGACAUCAUCUACUACUGCGAGUAGAACUUCUUCUGCUGCUUGAAGAAGGUUUCUCUCUUCGCUGAGGAGCUGCGCUGCUGCCUCAAGAAGGAUUUUGUUUAUUCGGUCAGAAAGAAAAACGAAAAUUAUAUUAUGAUUAUCCCAUGCAGGAAGCGAGAUUCGAGGAGGUGGAGGAGGCGGUGACGCUGCAGCCAGGUCAAGACGUGGACGACGUGAAGCUGAUGCCUGAAGUGACAUCGACGGUCGGACAACGGGGAAGGACCGAGAUUUUCGGGUUAGGACCCCACGAACGUUGCGACUUUCCGGGUUUCGACGGCGAAAUCAUGACCGAGCAGCGACGCCUAGAGCAGGCUGAGGAAGCCUGGGCCGAGUUUGUGGAUGCAGGGGGGGCGCAAGAAAUCCAGCAGCUGUGCGUCUCCAAGGCCGGCGCACCGGCGGCCAGUCCCGAGACCGAAAACGACAGAAAUGACGAGGCGGCGACUACUGGUGUGCCUGUUCUCGGCGGGCCGGCAGCGCUUGCAGCGGCUGGUGUGGCCCAACUGGUACCUCACGACGCCGCGAACAAGGAGCAACCGCAAGCGUCCGACGAGAGCAAGCCUUUUGAGCCAACUGCCUCGGGCGUGGACGUGUCCUUGCCACCUUCUAUGGCGUUCGAAGCCGGUCUGGAGGACGGAAGCGUUAUGUUCAUGAAGUCGGAUAAUAUGGACAACUGGAAGAUAAAACCGGACGACGAGGGGAAGAAGGACGACGGCUGGUGGAUCGGCGGCGGUAAAUGUGUCCUCGACAAAGCCGCUGCGGACCGCCUUGUGCGUGCGCAGAUCGCGGCCCGGGAAGCCGAAACUCGAGACCGGGAUGAACGCUUCGCUCUUUACAACGACGGGAACAAGCGAGACGGCGCCGCCCGUAGCCGAGGGCGAGGACGCGACAAUAGCAGAAGCCGGAGGCGCGAUCGGGAGCGAGACCGGGAGCAGCGCGACCGUGAGCGGGGGCGUGACCGAGGAGACCGGGACCGGGCGCCGGAACGGCGCGACGAAACCAGCAGGACAAGGGGGCGGGACCGGGAUCGACGCGACCACCAUGUUGACCAGAGGCGAGACCGCGAUCGUGAUCGCGCACCAGUCGGGGGUGGUCGUGACGACCCGGGAAGGCGCGACCGCGAUCGGGACACGACCAAAAAGGCUUAUGACGAGGCGACGAGCAAGCGUGGGACGGACCGAGACCGAGACCGAAAGGGAGGUUACGACGACCGUGAUCGUCGCGAUCACAAAAAGGAGGACGAGGCGGCGAAGCGUGACCGGGACGACAGGUACGACAGCGCGGAAAAACGAGAUCGCGAUGCAAAAGAUAUUUGGGCAAAGCAUGACGAUCAUCGGGACCGGAAGAAAGAGAAACAAGACAACGAGGAUUGGAAAAAGGAGAAGCGCGAGGGAGGUGGACGUCGAUUCGAGGUGGAAGAUGACCAUGCGGACGCGAAGAACAAGAAGCGUGGUCGGGACCAUGUCGACAAUAGUGGCAACCACCGAAGCCGCUCCCGCGGAAAGAAAGACAAAGAUGCUGUGAAACCUGCAGACAAGAGGGAUAAAAAAGACGAGCACGACCUGCGUGGAGGGGACCGAGACAAGUCAACAGGACGAAACAAGCGCGAAGCGAAAACACAAGACAAGGGGGACGAGAAGAAAAAACGUGCUUUUUCGAUUCAAGUUUCUUCGGAAGAGGACGAUCAGAACGCGCCAUCCAGUAAAAAUAUUAAAAACACGGCCGGAAAUACCAAGAAGACCACUGAUGAUAAAGGCGAUCCUGCGACUGCGUCUGCUGGGAAAAAACGCACCCGGGAUGAGACGGGUGACAUCAAUGCCAGUACGGCAGAUGAUGACAAGAACGAUCGGCGCCGGGGGCGCGGCACGGAUCGGGGCGGGAAUAAAAAAGACCAGGAGCCGACGCCCGUUGGUCGUGGUGGGGGGCGGGGUGAGACAGAUAACGACAAAGCCGCACCCCCGAGCAAGAAGACCUUCAGGAGCGCGACUUCCGCCAACGCAAUUCCGCUCGGAGGUGGCACCGGAACCUCCGCUAACGCCAUUCCGCUGGGUGGAGGCUCGGCAAAGCACGGCAACAAAAAUAAAGAAAAGCUGAAGGGCACUUCUGCGAAUGCCAUUCCGCUUGGGUCCGGCGGCGCAAAUAAGAUUACAUCCGAUCUCGGUACAACUGGACGGGGUGGUCGAGACGACAAGAAGGUCCGCGGCAAAGUGGACCAGCACAACAAGGCAACUAGCCGGGAACGCGGGACCAAGGACCGCGAUGCGGGAAAGCAAGCACAGGGCCGGGAAGUAGGUCAGAGCGCGCGCGCAGCCAGCGGCCAACGGGGGAGGCGAGAAACAGAGCGCGAUGACAAGCGCGUGAAUGAAGGCAAAGCUCAGGCGGACAAAUGGGCGAACGAGUGGAACAACCGGCGGUCCCCCGGAAGAGGAGACAAGAACAAGGACAAAGACGACCGUCGCCGCGACGAUGAUCCCACCUAUGGCGCCGCCUACAAGGGAAAAAAAGAGUCGGCGCCUUCGACCUACAACUACAAACAAGCGGCGGACCGCCAGCACGACAAGGAGCCGACCCGCAAGCGAGGCGAGUACAACGACAAAGGGCGGGGGCUACGAAGUGACGCGCUGCUGGACGAUGACGACGAUAAUUACUAUGGCGCCAAGAUGAGGACGAGUGGGCAAGAGCGAGAGGAGCCGGACCGCCGGGGGCGGGACACCAAGGUGAAGGACGAUGGUGCGGCCGGGCGUGAAAGAACCAAAAACAAGGAUCUUGCGUACAACAAUGAUUACAAGGACGAUCGCGGGUACGACGCGAAAACCUCGACCCGUGGUCGUGAUGGAGUGCGGCGAGAUCAUCGUGACCGGCAGGAGAAGCCCGAAGAACAAGAGAAAGAUUCGCGCGACGGUGGUUGGCGCAAAAGUAAAAAGGAAGCCACAGCAGGAACAAGGGCUGCGGCUGCUUCUGAUCGCAACACCACUGGCGGUCGUCGCGAAGGAGGUGGACGUCGGGGAGACGAAAGCCGCGGUCGCGAGCGCGCCAAGGUGGACAAAGGCAACGCAAAGAACAAGGCCACUGAAGAUGCGCAGCCAGCUUCUCGCGGACGAGAGCGAGACCGAGACGUCGUCGUUCGAUCGUCUGUUGGUGCGUAUGUACCAGCGGAGCAGCCAUUUCGCUCCAGUCGUUCCUCCUCCAUCCCCUCGGUGGUGCCGUCCGAUAUAUCGGAUCCCGCCCUGGACAAAGGGGAGCGAAGCGAUCCGUCCCCGGCCCCCGUUUUGAUUGUGGCCGCGGAAAGUAAGAACACGAAGGGGACCAGCAGGGUUAUCGAUUUGCAGCCCAACCCCCGGGCGAAGCAGAUGCAAAUCGCCGCCGCGGCGGAGCAGCGGGAGAAAACGAAAACGUCAAAAGACACGGCCACAGAAAAUGAAAAAACGCUCGGCAAAAAGGAAAAGAAGAAAAAGCGUGACAAAGCGGAAAGUGACGACAGUCUCGAGGAGGUGGUGCCUGCGUCGAAAAAAAAGAAGAAGGACAAAAAAGAAAAGAAGGACAAGAGUAAAAAGGACAAAAUCGGUACCUUCGAUCCCGACCUGCUCUUGGCAAGCGGCACAACACCAGCCAGGACCACGUCUCGUGUUUGUUGCAGCCGCGGCAUAGAACAAGUUCAUCAGCCCACGGGGAAGACGAAGAUGAAAAGCGACGAAGCUGCAGCCCGACCGGGAGCGCCAUCGAUCGAGAAUGAGAAUUGCACCGAUCCGAUCGGCACUUUCGACCCCGAUUCUCUCAUGAACCCAUUUGGCGGGCUGGACAGCAACAUGCACGCAAACGACGACAGCGACGAAGAGCAGUUUUUCGGCAUGAAGGGUGGCGGGAAGCCCUCCUUUCCCAUGCCCGGAGGGCUGGACGAGGACAACUUCGGUGGGCCGGAUAUGGAGUUGCCGCAAUUUUCGGAUCCGUCACUGAUGAUGGGCGAUCAUGUGUCCUCUCAGCAGGUAAGCGAUAUGAUGAAUGGCAAAGGCGGUGGCGACGUGAUGUUCUUUGGCGGGAAGGAAGGCGCGAUCAUGAGUAAUCCUGGUGAAGACCCGUUUGCCCCCUCGUCAUCUCCAGAGGUGGCGCCUGCUGCCGCACCCGGAGGUGAUACCAUGCCCCCGGCGUUGACCCCCACUUCCGCGAAGGCUGCCAGCAAAUAUGGCGGAGUGCCACCUCCGCCCUACAACGGGGUCGUGCCACCGGGCGGGAAGCCAGACAGCAAAAAUGCCCUACCUUUCCCGGGCGGAAAAAACAAGAUGAUGACGCAACAGCAGCCGGGAGGCGUUCCUGGAAUGAUGGGACCUGCUGGUGGUCCAAAUAACGCGAGCGGCGCGUUUGCACCGGGAAUGAUGAUGAACAGCGGUAAGAUGAAGGGCGGUGGAGCGGCGCCAGGAUUUCCUCAGAACAAUAUGAUGAUGGGCAACAACAAGAUGAACAUGAACAUGAUGAAGAACGCGGGCGGUUACCAGCCUGGCUUCGACAAUAUCAAGAACAACACCUUCAUCAACAAAAACAAAGGUGGGGGCAAGAUGAUGAAAAACAAUUUUAAUAAUUACAACCCGAACCUGAUGAUGAAGGGGCCCGCCAUGAACAACAACAAGAAUAAUUUCAUGAACAGCAGCAACUUUGCUGGGAUGAACGCGAUGAACAAUAUGGGGAUGAACAGCACUAAUGCGAUGUUGAACAUGAACCAGCAACCCAUGAUGGCCGGUGACACGAGCACGACGAUGAACCCGGCCGCCUUCAACCCGAUAAUUGCGCCUAAGAGCGCGAGCCGCGUCAUGUUGGCUCCCCAGGCAAAAGCCAAAGCCGCAUCCGCGGCCGUGCUCCCGAACAGUGCGUCCCCAAGUCCGGCUACCGGUCCGACCGGCGAUCCCCCGGCUCCGGGAGGUGGACCAGCAGACGCCCUCGUUGACCUGAGCACUCCGCUGCCCCCCCUGGAAGCAGAUCCCGCAUCAACGCCCGCGCAGUCACCAUCGCCCGCGGAAAGCGCAGAGGUCGUGCACCAGGAGAUGGUGGAAGGCUCCGCGUCGGGCGGAGCCGAUGAUAACUCGACGGCAGAAGUCUUGGAGGAAGCGGCACCAAAGCCAGAUGCAAAUGGCAGUGGAGCGCCGCAACAGUAUGCUGGCCCGCUCCCCUGUGACCACCUCCAUCUCUCCUGUGCAAGUGCAUAAGUAUGCAUUUAUACAGAAUUAUCCGAUGGUGCUCGUAGUGGUAGUUGUGUAUGAUUAUGUGUGAUGGCAAAACCAAAAUCAAAAUGUGUUUUGUAUUUGUUGCUGUUUGCAGUACUUGAUGGUCACCAGUUGCAUUUUCGGCGAGUUGAGCACGAACAGCAACAGACACAGAUGUAGAAGGCAAUAAUAAUGAAGUUCGGUGCUGCAGUAUGAUUUUAUUGAUUUAGCAGGUUGAAUUGAUCAUCAUCUGCUAGCCUUGUUAUGCUAUUAGUAUGUGAAUGAUCGUGCUUCUACUUGUGCAUUCUGGUAGUAGCUAGUUGUUCUGGUUAACCGUAGUUUGAGCUCAUGGCGGUGGUCGCAUCUGAGGGGGCCAUAUUAGAGAAGACAGCGCCGAAGAACCCCAGGCGUUGGACGAAGCGGGAACAAAGCAGGAGGCCGUGUUCGGGAGUACCUCCCCGGUUGACGUCGCGGACGCCCCCGCCGGAGGGGACUCCUCCGCUCCAGCGCUAACGGAUGAUCUUGUCACGGAUGAGAACGGUCGUGGGGGGCAACAGGCAACUGCGUCUGCGUCGGCUGCUGCUUCUUCGUCAGCUCCUUCCGCUCCGGCUCCGGUGCAGCCAGGGCCGGUCCCGGCUGCCAUUUCAAAGGCGACGCCACCUCCGGCGUCAUUUGCAAAGUCCGCUUCAGUCGGAAAGAGCAGCGCGCCUGUCCUGCUCGCUGCGCCUCCCGCCCUGAAAAAGUCAGCACCAGUAUCCAAAGGAAACACCUAACUCUUCACUCAAUCACGAUCUUCCAACGGCAACGACUAUUUAAGUACUACUUUAGCACUUACAAUUCCUGUUAACAGUAUGUAGAAAGCUUUGCAUCUCCUGCUAGCGAAUCAAUUGUCAUGUAUGUGUACUAUCGAGGUGGGAGCGAAGCUCAGUGACUUCUGCAAGUUCUCUCGUCCACAUCCACAAAGCCAUUGAAGGAUUCAAGUUUAGCCAAAGUUGAGCAUUGAAGAUAAAAAUGUUUCUCCGGCGCGUGUUUCGCGGCUAUUCAAAUCUAUCACAGUGGCGUGACCAUCUUGGCUGCCUGUAUCUGCAGACCACUUGAUGUUGCGUGUGGUUGAUAACUACUCUGGCAAAAACUUUUGCAUGAAUGAAGAGAAUUGAAUAAUAGCCACGAACUAGUACGCGACUGGAACGAAGAUCAAUGUUGUUGGGAGUUGUCGUGAUGUCCGUUCUUUCCUCUUGAUAGUUCCCCGCUGUAGCGACUACGACGACACCCACAGCAGCGGCCGCCGCCGCGACCCCCGCAGGAGAAGAGGGCUUUUCCCCCCCAGGGAGGACGUCCGUACCCGCAAAGGCCGCGUCUCCAGGUGUGGGCGUCAGCGGCAGCGCAACGAUGGCGACUACUGGUGCUGUCCUAGUCCCUGCAACGUCGAAGGCCCGUCCGGGUACUGCGGCGACCCCGGGAGGUGCCGGUGCCGCGACCUCAAGGGGGGUGGAGAUGACCGCACAGCAAGACCAGACGCCUGCUGCCGGAGAUGAAGGAGGUCCACAAUUAGCGAACAACAACGUCGUAACCGACACUGGCUCGUCCACAGCAGCUGCACUCGUCGUGGUGCAGGAGGGAGAGACGAGACGCGUCAUUCGUACUAUCCGCAAACGCGUGCAACGCUGGGAAAAAGAGGAUCUAUCCACUGCAAAAGUAUCGCACUUCUCCGUCGUGUAAAAAAACAGUCUAGCAUUGCAUACCUGAAUCUGCAGGACAAAUUCCAUUUUUCUAUUUGGAAAAAUUUGCAAAAAUGCGACUAGUGCGAUACUUUUGCGAUGCAUAAAAUCCAGCUUUUCGCGAUUUUCGCGAGAAAAGGAUCCAGGAAUUCGAAGCGGUUUAUCGCCAAAAAAUCCAGCUUAUCCUGUGUAAAAGCGUCCCCACCCCAAACAUGUCGUGCAAAUCUGAAAGCCUCAAACAUUUCUCACGCAUAGCCCCAUGAGGACCAUUCUAAUGCGGUCAUCUGGCAGGUUGUCGUGGUAAAAUAAAUCAGCAUGAAAUGAUCGAUCUGUGAUGUGUUUCAGUUUCAGUUUCGAUAAGGAUUGCACUCCGACCCCAACAAGUUUGUCUGUUCAGCCGCGCAGUUUGUUUACUUAUGUCAUGCGCAGCACACGUAUCUUGUUCGUUUGUCUAGCAAAAUGCCCACCAUCUGGACUCUGGAGUGGGGAUGUUUUUACUCUUGAUACAGUUCGGCCAGGAACUCUGAAGAGAUUCUCUGGAAGGGGCGCGUAGAUGAAAGCACCACUUCCUUCUGAAUCAAAUUUCACGAUACCUUCGCGUUCGCCUUCGUUAACGUUGGGAUUUUGCUGUUGCAGAAGCUAGAUGAGGCAGACUACGACUCACGCACCAUCCAACUCUAAAACUGACGUCAGUAAGAGGUCGAGAAAAUGCUGUUCUUCUACUAGAAGAUUCAGUAUCUAUAGUUCUUUGUUUUAUGGUACGGAGACCGAGACGGACGACUACCACUACGGACUCGGAGUAGCAGUAGUACGAAUUGUAUGGAAGUUGACGUGGUGGUGGUGGUCCCCUUUUAUUAUGGCGCGACCGCGACGCGCAGCAGCGCACGACCAAUCCGAUUACGGGUUUGGAACUUUUGAAAAAAGCAGUUGCAGUGCUGGACACGAGGUUCGCGACUAGAAGACCUACAACUGGUGCGAACAAUCAAAGUUGUUAGACUACACGCUGGCUUCCAAGUUUCAUCUUUCGCCGAGUGUUUGAUCAGUCUGAUACACAACAGUAUGGAUCAAUACACUCAUCAUUGUACUACAUGUACUUAGACGUCGUAGCCCACUAUGAAG